AGAUCUAUCUCCCUUGUGGGAAUUCUCAUUGCAGUGUUGUGAGCACUGUCAGGGGAUCGACUGGCGGGUGAUGCCGUCGCACAUUUGACUUGGUGAGUGGAUAUUGUAAAAAUUAGCCAAUAUAUUGUAAGAAUUGGAACAAAAUAAAGAGAUGCAUUAGGAAUUUAGGAUAGUACUUAGUUGGUUAUUCAUCAUUCGGUGUUGCAAUACCAUACAGCGUUGUAUGUAUGGACGUAAUAAUCCAAGCCUGGAAGCCGAGGCGCCAAACAGCCCCCCAGAAUGUAAAUGCUCAGGUUGGGCACCCAUUCAACGCCCCGGACUUAUACCCCAUCACACCGCACCACCCCAACCAAUCGAUCAGACAGAUACCUACCUGCACCACCGAGCUUGCAUCUUGUCGAAACAGCACAUACCCUUAAGUAUACAUGUGUCCAGCCCGCGCGUGCAGACUAGUAAAGGAGGAGAGCAAUGGCCGGGCCUAGUGUCAAUCCACGGGGCCCGGCGCAAUAUCUAUUUAGAAACUUGUUGCGCCGCUGGCGGCGUUCACUAUGGCCUGCGUGCUUCUUGCGUACACGCGCUCGUCUAUCAAUGCUGCAAGAUACAAUGCGAAGAUGAGCCGCGAGGCCCAGCAGCAGCAACAGCGUGACGCCCGGGAGAGAGGUGGCAGUGGCAAGGGCGAGUGAGACGGGGCACAUGUAACGAGACAGAGAGCUUGCUUCGCGUGAAGACAAUCACGGCCGUGACGCUUGGCGGACUGUCCAGCUGUAUGUUGGAGUCACACGGGCGUUUUGUCUUGUUUGAGGGCACAAGGACAGGGCAAGGCAAAG